AUGACUGGCCACCUGAGAGCACAGCCUGUACCCACUGGCACUCACCGUGGUGCCCUCACACAGUACGGAUUCGUCAACACCUGUCUGCAAUCCCUUGUGAUAGAGAAAUUUGGUGAAGAGACAUGGGAAAAACUGAAAGCUUCUGCAGAAGUGCAAGAUGCCUUCAUGACUUACACAGUGUAUGAAGACACCAUUACCAUCAAGCUCAUCCAAGAGGCCUGCAAGGUUCUGGAUAAGUCUGAAGAGGCCAUUCUGAAACUCUUUGGGGAACAUUUCUUCCAAUUCUGUAAGGCGUCUGGCUAUGACAGGAUGUUGCGGACCCUGGGAGGAGAUCUCACAGAGUUUAUUGAAAACCUAGAUGCCCUCCACAGUUACCUGGCCCUGUCUUAUCAGGAGAUGAACGCACCAUCAUUUCGUGUGGAGCGACGAGCAGUUGGGAAGAUGCUUCUCCAUUACUACUCGGAUAGAAGUGGUCUGUGCCACAUCGUACCAGGGAUCAUUGAGGCUGUGGCCAAAGACUUCUUCGACAUCGACGUGACUAUGGAUAUCCUCGAUGUGAGUCAGGAGGAGGAGAGGACAGGGAAGAAGGAGCAUGUCGUGUUUCUGAUCAUGCAGAAGUCACACAGACAGAUGAGCAGGGUGAAGCCAAAGGGAUUACAAGACAGUCAGGACAUCCAGAGAGACUCAGAGGCCCUGGAGGCAGCUUUCCUUAGGAUGAAAGAGAGAUAUUUGAGCAUCUCUGUUUAUCCUGUGAAAAAGUCCGGCUGGGAAGUUGUGAGAAGCAUAGUCCUGUCUGAAAAAGGGCAUCUCAGGAACACCUUUGAACCGAUUUAUCCUGAGCGGCUCUGGAUUGAAGAGAAGACAUUCUGCACUGCUUUUCCCUUCCACGUUGUAUUUGAUGAAUCACUGCAGGUCAGACAAGCUGGAGUGAAUAUUCAGAAGUACGUCCCAGGGCUCCAAACCCCGAAGGUUCGAUUAGACGAAUAUUUCUCCAUCGUCCAUCCCCAAGUUACCUUCAACAUUUUCGGCAUCUGCAAAUUUAUCAACAGUCAAUUUGUCCUGAAGGCGUGAAGAGAGAAGCUGCCCGCAGUGUGGAGAAGUCAGCCCACGCUCACACUCCGAGGCCGGAUGAUCCGGAUGGAGCCCACGCGCUGCAUGAUGUACGUGUGCUCGCCGCAGCUGCGCAGCCUGCCCGAGCUGGAGGCGCGCCGGAUGCACCUGUCGGACAUCGCCCCCCACGACAGCACCAGGGACCUCAUCCUCCUGAACCAGCAGCGCCUGGCGGAGAUGGAGCUGUCCAACCAGCUGGAGAGGAAGAAGGAGGAGCUGCGGAUCCUCUCCAAGCACUUGGCCAUCGAGAAGAAGAAAACGGAGACCUUGCCGUACGCCAUGCUGCCGGAACACGUGGCCAACCAGCUGAAGGAGGGCAGAAAGGUCGCUGCAGGAAAAUUUAAAACCUGCACAAUUCUCUUCAGCGACGUGGUGACCUUUACCAGCAUCUGUGCUGCCUGUGAACCUAUCCAAAUAGUGCAUAUGCUGAAUUCGAUGUACUCCAAGUUUGACAGGUUAACCAGUGUCCACGAGGUCUACAAAGUGGAAACCAUAGGAGAUGCUUAUGUGGUGGUAGGGGGCGUACCCGUGCCUAUUGAAAGCCAUGCUCAAAGAGUAGCUAACUUUGCCUUGGGGAUGAGGAUUUCUGCAAAGGAAGUGAUGAAUCCUGUUACUGGAGAACCCAUCCAGAUCAGAGUGGGCAUCCACACGGGACCAGUCUUGGCAGGUGUCGUGGGGGAAAAGAUGCCGCGGUACUGCUUGUUUGGUGACACUGUGAACACAGCUUCCAGGAUGGAAAGUCACGGGCUUCCCAACAAAGUGCACCUCAGCCCCACAGCCUACAGAGCCCUGGAAAAUCAGGGGUUUGAAAUCAUUGAAAGGGGUGAAAUCGAUGUGAAAGGGAAAGGGAAAAUGACCACAUACUUUCUGAUCCAGAACUUGAAUGCCUCGGAGGAUGAGAUCAUGGGGAGACCUCUGACUUGGACUGGCCCUGCGGAAUAUUCCGAUAUUCCUUGA